GUGCUUCACACCUGUAUUUCAAACAUGUAGAUAAAUAAAUUCAUUAUUGUAUUGUUCCGUUUGUUUCCAACAAGCUAGCGAUAGAACCGCAGUAUCAAACCAGACACUGAACUGUGUACAUGUGCGAACUGUUCUAAUCAAUAAUAUUUAGUAGUGUCUGAAAUGGAGGACAACGAACGCAAAAGUUUGAAAGCCCACACAAAAGUACACCCAAAAGAAAAAGCAAACUUUCUUUCUACUCUGUUCUUUUGUUGGGCUCUCCCGACCUUCGUCAAGGGCUGGAAGAAGGACCUAGACGAGGAUGACCUCUACGGCCCCCUCAAAGCGCACGAGUCCAAAGCCCUAGCCGACAGAAUGGGCCUCGUUUGGCUAAAGGAAAAAAACAAACACCGAAUUCCUUCAUUGGGAAAAGUGAUAAUCAAAGUGUUUUAUCGCGAAAUUCUCUUCUACGCCUGUUUCCUCAUGAUACAGGAGCUGGUUAUCAAGAUGGCGCAACCUUUACUCGUCGGAAAACUCCUCGAAUAUUACGCCCCCGAUCAGCAAAACAUGACGAAAAAUGUGGCUUACAUGUACGCCUCUGCGCUGAUUUUUUUCAUCUUUUCAAAUAUUUUCAUCCAACAUUCGUGCUUUUUGGGAAUGCAACACCUCGCCAUGAAGAUGCAAGUUGCUUGCCGAUCGCUCAUUUAUCGCAAAGCUUUGACGCUGAACAAAAACGCUUUGAUGAAAAGCACUGUGGGCCAGAUGGUUAAUCUAAUGUCCAGCGACGUGAGCAAGUUUAGCUACAUUUGUUUGCAUGUGCACCAAAUGAUUCUAGCACCGAUUCAGACUGUGAUUGUUCUGUAUCUGCUCUUUUCGACCGUAAACACGGCAGCAAUGGUCGGUGUUGGACUGCUCAUUGUUUUUAUCCCCAUACAAUUUUAUAUGGGCAAACUGACGUCGUUUUAUCGCCGCAGAACGGCCCAAAAGACCGACAACCGAAUUCGCCUAAUGAACGAGAUAAUCUGCGGCAUAAAAAUAAUAAAAAUGUUCACUUGGGAAAAACCGUUUUCGAAACUGGUUGAAAUGGCUCGAAGAUUGGAGCUUCACGAAAUUAAAGCAAACUCGUAUCUUCGCACGGUUUACCGCUCUGUUAAUGCGUGUCUCAUUCCUCUGUCGAUUUUUUUAUGCGUUUUGACCUACGUUUUGAGUGGUAACACCCUCCAAGCGCAGUUUGUGUUUGUUGUAACUUCGUUUUAUGGAACGUUACGUCAGACUUUAACGUUACAUUUCCCCCGGUGUAUUGCUCUCUUGGCGGAAAUCAAUGUUUCACUCGGACGAAUACAAAACUUCCUGCUAGCUGAAGAAACACAAAAAAUGAGUAAUGAACUGAGGACGGAUGAUGUGAGGGUUAUUUUAACUGAAGCUGGUGUCAAGUGGACUGACUCUUCGGAUUAUAGUUUGUCCGAUGUAUCGUUUUCUGUAAAUUGUGGCGAAUUGGUGGCUGUAAUUGGUCGGGUCGGAAGUGGCAAAAGCACCCUUUUGCAAGCGAUUCUUCGAGAAAUUGAUUUAUCUAAAGGAGAGUUGGUUGUGAGCGGAUCGGUUUCUUACGCUGCGCAAGAACCGUGGAUUUUCUCGUCCAGUAUCAGACAAAACAUACUGUUUGGCGAAAAAAUGAAUUUCGAAAGGUACAAGGAAGUGGUCAAGGUUUGCGCUUUGGAAAAAGACUUCAACUUGUUUCCUUACGGAGACAGGACUAUUGUAGGUGAAAAGGGGGUGAUGUUGAGCGGGGGUCAGAAAGCUCGAGUAAGUCUAGCGCGGGCUAUCUACAAAGACGCUGAUAUCUAUUUGUUAGAUGAUCCUCUAUCGGCAGUCGACACACACGUGGGAAAGCAACUCUUCGAUCAGUGUAUUUUGGGUUUUUUGAAAGACAAAGCCCGGAUUUUGGUAACACACCAAAUCCAAUACCUUGGUAAAGUUGACGAGAUUUAUUUGCUUGACCGGGGACAAGUCACUCUAAGGGGUACUUAUGACGAGCUUAAGAAACACAAAGACUUUGCCAAAUUGCUCGCCGAAGUCGAGCAAACACCGCACGAAGAUUGCGCUCAAGAAAAACAUUCUGUUGCGAUCGCAGAAACGUCCAAAUUACCCACUGAGGUAAAGGAACAGCGCAGUUCGGGCACAAUUUCGAAAAAAGUUUAUUUGCAUUAUUUUCGCGCGGGCGAUAGUCGCAUUUUCCCGUCUUUUGUAUUACUUACGUUUGUAGUAACGCAGAUUGCAUCAAGCUGUGUUGACUAUUUCCUCACUUUUUGGGUAAAUCUUGAGCAAAAACGGCUCGAAGGCACCGAGACUUUGUUUUUUACAACCAACACUCUUCUGUACAUGUAUGUGUUCCUAAUUGUUUCUCUCACGUUCAUGGUUUUAGUGAACUCAGUCUCUUUCGUUAAAUUCUCAAUGAACACUUGCAAGAAAUUGCACGAGAAAAUGUUUGCCCAAAUAUUGAAUGCCACGAUGAGGUUUUUCAAUACAAAUCCUUCGGGACGAGUUCUCAAUCGUUUUUCGAAAGACACGAGUCUGGUUGAUGAAAGUGUGCCGCCGUGUCUAUCAGACACCAUACAUGUUGCUUUAAAUGUAGUUGCUAUAACUAUAGUGAUCUCAUCGGUAAAUACAUGGAUUAUAAUACCAACAAUUCUCAUUUUCGGACUGUUCUAUGGCUACAAAACUAUAUUCCUGGCCACUAGCCGAAAUUUGAAACGAAUCGAAGGGACUGCCCGAAGUCCCAUGUUUUCACACCUGACGGCUUCACUACAAGGACUAGCAACAAUUCGAGCUUUCGACGCUGAAGACGUGUUGCGACACGAGUUCGACAACAUCCAGAACCAUCACAGCUCGGCUUUGUACAUGUACAUAGCCUGUAGCCGAACUUUUGCCUUUUGGUUGGACGUAAACUGUGUUAUUUAUGUCGCAAUCGUAAUUUUGAGUUUCCUAUUUAUUGGAACAGAAAAAUACGGCGGAAAUGUUGGUCUUGCCAUUACACAGUCAAUCGCUUUGACAGGAAUGUUGCAAAGAGGGAUCCGACAAUGGAGCGACUUACAAAACCAAAUGACUUCAGUCGAACGCAUCUUCGAGUACACUCAAGUGCCCUCUGAGCCAGACCACGGCAAAAAAAUCCCGCCUAAAGAUUGGCCCUCGGCCGGAAACAUCGAUUUUAACGACGUUUCAAUGAAAUAUUCUCUCGAUGGUCCUUACGUUCUCAAAAAUUUGAACUGUCGGAUCGCUUCAAGCGAAAAAAUCGGGAUUGUAGGUAGAACAGGCGCCGGGAAAUCGUCCCUAAUCUCGGCGUUGUUUCGCCUAGCCUUGACCGAAGGCAAAAUCACAAUCGACGGUGUCGAAACCAGCGAAAUCCCUCUAAAUCACUUGCGAUCAGCAAUUUCGAUAAUUCCCCAAGAAGCAGUGCUGUUUUCCGGCACUUUGCGCAAAAAUCUAGACCCGUUUGAUAAAUUCAGCGACGAAGAACUGUGGAAUGCUUUGGAUCAAGUUGAACUAAAGUCAGCCAUUUCGGAAUUAGCUGCCGGGCUUUCGAGCGCUGUUUCGGAAGAAGGGUCAAAUUUUAGUGUUGGAGAGAAACAGCUCUUGUGUCUGGCCAGAGCGAUUCUGCACCGAAACAAAAUUUUGAUUUUAGACGAAGCGACGGCCAAUGUUGAUUUGCAAACCGAUGAGUUGAUCCAGAAAACUAUAAGGAGGAAGUUUCGGGAUUGUACGGUUUUGACGAUCGCUCAUCGGUUGUUUACUGUCAUUGAUUCGGACAAAAUUCUUGUUUUGGAUAAUGGGAGUAUUGUAGAAAUGGACCAUCCACAUUUACUUUUGCAAAAUACCGACGGAGUUUUUUACAAUCUGGUCAAACAGACGGGAAGGGCUAUGGCGGAAAAUUUGACCAAAAUGGCCCAUGAAAACUACAUGAAACGCAUUUCUUGAAUGGAAAUUAUUCUAUAAUUAGGUGCAACAAGUCAUUUAGUUAAAUAUAGAAAAAUUCUAUACAUUGUUUAUUUUUUAUCAAAAGAUUUAGCUAUUUAUCACAUAGAUAAACAUGAUGCAGCACAUAAUUUGUUUGAAAUGUGAGUACUUGCGUAGGUACCGUUAUUAUUGUGAUGUCGUAACAUUUGCACAAUAUUGAAUAAAUUGUUAUGUAAAAAUAAUUGUUUUUAACAAAAACUAUUAUCCUUGAAUAAAAUAAAGGCCUGGUUCAAAAUAA